AUGGAGAGUGUAGACUUUGUGACAGAGGAUGGAAUUCGCUUUGACGAUGAAGACACCUGUAUAAAUGGCGGGAGGUUGGAUCAGGACGAUGCAUGUAUAUGUCUGGAUGGUUAUGCUGGUACUUACUGUGAAACGUUAAUUUCAGAUUGCACAAAUGGGAAGACGUUUCCAUAUUACAACGGUAAUGAUGGUAUACUUUAUAUAAAACCCUCUGCCUCUCCUACACUCAUCCCUGUGUAUUGUUCCCUAACACAACUCAGAGCAAGAACAUACAUACAGCGCCAUUAUGCACCUGGUUUUGGAUUUAAUCAGACCUGGGAUAGCUAUAGGGAUGGGUUUGGAGAUAUGCUUACUACAGCCAAAGAUUUCUGGCUGGGAAAUGUUCAUACACAUUACAUCACAAACAGUGGAUUUUAUACACUUGUGUUUGAAAUGGGAAACGAAAAUAAAAGUGAAGUUUAUCAACAGGAAUAUGAAGGUUUUGUACUCAACGAUGAGACAUCAAAAUUCUCUUUUGGACUUGAUUCUGAUCCUACAACUACACUAUCUGGCCAACCUACACUAGGAAACUGUCUUUCAUAUGUUGAAAGUGGCAUCUUUUCUACAUAUGACAAGGACAAUUCUCUGAAAUGCGCACACAUACACGGCAGUGGGUGGUGGUUCGGGUACACAGCGAAUUGUGGCUACUGCAAUCCAAACGGCGUGCUUAUUCAGCCAACCAACGACCAAAGGAUUGGUGUGGAUUAUGAAGUAUUCUGGGAGGAGAAUAUGAAAGAUUGGUCUCCCUGGUAUGUUGAAAUGUGGUUAGAAUUGAGAUGA